AUGGCCAGUGAAUAUUUGAGUCCCUUUUCAGGUCUGAAGAAGCCUUAUCAGGCAGCUUUGAAUGGAGACUGGGAGGCCAUGAAGAGCUUCUACGACAAACACCCAAAGCAUGUCGUUCGGCCUCUGACGAUCGACGGGCUCACUGCGCUUCAUAUUGCAGGAUAUACUAGUGAAGGAACGGAACUGCUUCAGCAUUUGCUUGGUCUCCUACCACCCUCCGAGAUACCUCUUGCCAUAUCUAAGAAGAGCGAUCACCAUAACAAUGUUUUUCACGAGGUCGCCUCCACCAACAAUGUUGCCUCAGCGAAACUCUUGAUCACCGAACUCUCUCAAAACAAUCUGCCCGAGCUGAAAAUGAUACUCGAGGAUCGUAAUCAACUUGGUGAAACCCCGCUGUUCAGGGCAGCUGCCCUUGGUCAGACAAAAAUGGCCAAAUUUUUGGCUAAAUUAGUUGGGGAUCAUAUAAGUCCCCACUUCCAUAGACAUGACAGCAUGUCCAUUCUCCAUGCUGCUGUGUUAGGCCAACACUUUGAAACCGCCAUUUGGUUACUAGGGAAGGACAAGACACUUGGAACAAAAAAGGAAAUCAAUGGCAUGACAUGUCUUCACCUGCUAGCGAAAAUGCCUUCUGCUUUCAGGAGUUCAUGCAACAUGGGAAAAGUGAAGAGACUCCUCUAUCAUUGCCUUCCUGCCCAUCUGGAUGAUGACGAUGAUGAUGUUGAAAAUAGUAAUGAAGUUCAAAAAACAUCAAGUCAAAUGGAAUAUUUGGAGAGAGGCAGCCAGGAUACCAGUAACCUCCGCCAAUCAAACAAACAUCCACCAGCAAUUUCAAGAAAAUACUAUGCUAUGCAUGUGUGGAGGGGCCUAGCUAAAGAAUGGCCGGCUAUCGAUGAAAUAUGGAAGGUGAAGAGUAAGCAUAAUUCAGCUAUUGAACUUACCAAGUUGCUAGCGAAGAUGGAUACCACAUGGACAAGCAGUUUAAAACUAGAAGACAGGCCCAUUUCCUUGGGAAAAGGAUCAGACUCUUUGGACGACAAAUCCAACUCCAUAGAAGGAGGCGCCGAUGAAGGAGGAGGAGGAGAUCAAACACCGGACACCCCAUUGCUUAUUGCGGCGAGCGAAGGAAUAGUAGAAAUAUUUGACGAGAUACUUGAUGCGCAUCCUCAGGCAAUUGAGCACAUUAGUAAGGACGAGGUAACUAUAGUGGUUGCGGCCAUUCGCCACCGUCAAAGAGAAAUAUUUCGGCGUCUAAAGAUGACGAAAGGGGUAAUGGAACAUCGGUUGUUUUCACUGAUUGAUAAGCGAGGCUACACCAUAUUGCAUCACGCUGCAGACAUGAAGAACUAUAAUGGAGGGACUCGCGCUGGUCCUGCACUCCAAUUGCAGGAGGAGUUGCAAUGGUUCGAGCGUGUGCGAAAGAUAGUUCCCUCUCAUUAUGUCAUGCACCGCAACAAUGCCGGUAAGACUGCAGACGAGCUCUUCAAAGAGCAACAUGCCGGCCUUCUCGAGAAGGCGGAAAGGUGGAUAAAGGAGACCUCUCAAUCGUGCUCUGCAAUCGCAAUCCUUGUCUCCACGGUUGUUUUCACGGCUGCUUUGACCGUCCCAGGAGGUAACGAUCAGACGGGUCAUCCAAUAUUCCUUAAUUCUCCCUUCUUCUUAUUCUUCAUCAUCAUGGACGUAGUCUCCCUUGCUAGCUCCUUGACUUACGUCGUCAUGUUCCUCUCCAUCCUCACAUCUCCAUUUAAGCAAGAAAAUUUCCUCCAAUCUCUCCCUCGAAAGCUCAUGAUUGGCUUCACCUUACUCUUCCUCUCCAUCACAACCACUAUGCUUUCUUUCACGGCCACCAUUUUUCUCAUUAGUCAUUUUGAGAAGAAAGCUUUGACUGUCACUCUCAUUAACAUUGCUGUGUUGCUUCCCGUCUCCAUCUUUGCGCUUAUGCAGUUCCCCUUGUAUGUUGCACUCUCCAAUAAUAUGCAUUCCCUUUUCAAGAAAAUUAUGAAGAGGUCUCUUCGCCAGACUUCCAUUCCUCGUUUUUCCAACCGGUAACCGCAAGACAUGUACGUUAAGAUACGAUCAAUGAGAGAGUUUUGUGUUUCUCACAGGUUAGCCUGCAAGCAGCAAUAACUCUUUUCGGGAUAUUGGAAAUUUGGACAUGGUUGUGUACUUUUAGUUCCCAUUAUGAACUAUAUGUCAUUUGUGAUUAUACUUGAUUUAUAUAGUCUUAUACCUAUGCAACGGCACAACCUAAA